CAUUCGCACCUCACAAAUUCGAUUUCAGUCAGUGUCCGUUCGUGGGUGAGAGAAGAUUGUUUAAACGCGCAUCUCUGACAAAACUCAGAAAAAUCUAAAAAUCUAUCUUUUUCAUGAAAGAGGGAUUACCUUACAAAUCCUUUCCAGUUUCCAUAGUAAAUUAAAACAACAAAAAAAAAUCCAAUAUCCUUUUUUCCUCUUUAUCAGAUUAAGAAAAAAAAGGACUCUUUUACUGUUUUAAAGUCUUUUUUGAAAUAAGAAGAAACAUUCGGGUUUUUUUUGAAAACAUCUGUUUCCCAUUUAAUACGCUACAACCAUACUUUAGCUCUCGAAAUAUUUUUACUGCCUUAGAAUUUCUUACUAAGAAGUAAAAAAAAAAAAAAAAACACAUCGCGUGCAAACGUAAAAUUUGUAAAAAGGAAAAAACUACAAAAAAAAUCGUGUGGGUAGUAAAUAAUAGUGUGGAAAAUAUUUAAUUAAAGUCGAAAAUUAAAAUUUAUUCAAUAUACAAAAAGCUGUUUGAAUAAGAAAAUCAAUUAUAUAGCUCAGCAGAGUUAACAGCGCCGCAGCGAGCGCCUUGACGAGAUUAUAAUUGAUGAUUUUCCGGUAUUUUGUGUUCUUUUGAUGUUUUUUUUUUCUUCUACUCAAUUUUUCAGUUUUAUCUGUGUUUUUUGUGUAAUAGAAUUGAUAAAUUUAUAAUAAAAUCCUAAAAAGUUAAAAAAAAUUUUUUUUUUCAAAAAAAAAAAAAAAUAUUCAAAGGAAAAUUAGAAAAAAAAAAUUUCUCAUAAAUCAAAGUGAAAAUUGUACAUAGGCAACCCCUCCCUAAUUAAAAUCGUUAUUUUUAAUGGUAUAGAGUUUUGCAAAAAAAAAAAAAAAAUACAAAAAAAAAGGACGAAAGAUAGAGGACUACAAAUCAACGUCUUCACACUUGUUGGUCGAAAAAAAAGCAAAAAAAAAAAAAAAUAAAUAAAAGAAAAUGAAGGAUAAUAAAUAGAGCAAAAGAAAGAUACGGCAACAACGUCGUUGGUCGUUUUAUACAUUCAUCAGCAGCAGGAUCCUAGAAGAUAGUAAACAACGUGGAAAAUUACUUCUUUUCAAUUUGAAGUAGCAAAAACAGCAAAAAAAAAAAGCAAAAAAGAAAACAAAUAAUUCACGACGAUGGCGGGAAAUAUCGUUAAAUGGUGGAAACACAAGAUACUCGGUGGAUAUAAACAAUUCUCAGUUCAAGAAUGCACAACAGAUUCUGAAGAAUUGAUGUAUCAUCAAGUUAGAGCACCAUCAUCCUGCAGUGCGCCACCCGAUUUACUUCUAGUUAGCGAUAGAGAGAAUAAUAUUCCAUUAAAAUCACCGGUAGUUAAUAUAAUAUCCGCUACAUCACCAGCCGGAUCUGCGUCACAACAUCACAAACACCAACAACAACAUCAUCAUUCACAGAAUCAACAUCACAUUAAUCAUCCUUCGUCACAUCAACCGCAACACAGCACACCAAAAGAUGUUCUUAGUAAAAAUUCAAAAAACGGUAGCAGUAAAACUCAUCAUCAACAACAUUGCAAAUCGGUUAAUGUAAAUGGUGGUGGACAAACACAAAAUGGCAGCGGUGGAGAUGCACCGGCGACGGUGGAACAGGGAAAAGAUGAACGGAUACAUUUAGAAGAAUUCACAUGUGAUGUGUCCGUUGAGGGUGGCAAAUCAUCACAACCUUUGCAAUUUUCCUUCACCUUUUACGACUUAGAUGGGCAUCAUGGGAAAAUUACCAAGGACGACAUCGUUGGCAUUGUCUAUACGAUAUACGAAUCCAUUGGCAAGUCGGUUGUGGUGCCACAUUGUGGUAGUAAAACGAUAAAUGUUCGUCUUACUGUCUCACCCGAGGGUAAAUCAAAGGCAGCUGCGGCUGCUGCUGCCGCUGCCGCAGCUGCUGCCUCAGCUGGAACAAAGUACAAUAAGAAAGCAGUCGUUGGCCAUUCGACUAGAGAUGGUAGUCAGCAAACUACAACACAUCAUGGGGGCGGUGGUGGUGGUCAUUCGAGACGUCAGCAUCGUUAUAGACCAAGGAAGUUGGUUAAAACUGAUGACGAAGAUGAUGAUAGUACAAGUGAAAAGGAAGCGGUCAAAAAGUCCUAUAGUUCUAGCAAAGCAAAAUGCUGUCAGCAACAGCUACAAUUACAACAACAACAACCACAACAGCCAUCACAACCACAACCAUUAGUUGAAGUGGAAAGUAAUUUGGAUGUCAAUUGUGGUGUUGGUGGUGGUGGACAUGAAAAUAUCUACGAAAAUAUGUCGAAUCUCAAAGACGAAUGCAAGGGAUGUUUAACGCAACAGCAAAAGUCUGAAUUGUACUUAAAACAAGCAUCGACGCGAGUGAAGAUGUUGCGCAAGGCUCGAAAACAGAAGUACCAGGACCAUUGUCAUGAAUCCCGUCAAAGAAGUCUUUCUGUUGGAAAUGAAUCGUGUUGGAAAAUUCGAGCGAAUAAUUCUAUAAAAACACUGUCACACCAACAACAUCAUCAUCAUCAACAGCAACAACAUCAUGACUCACACCAUAAUCAUCAUCAACAUCAAACAGACAACAAUACACAAACAAGUAGUCCUGAUCAUCAUCAUCAGCAUCAGCAGGAACAUCCGAGUCAGGAUGUAGUUGAUAGCAUUGGGGUGAUGGUUGGUGGAAGUGGUGGAGGUGGUCAUAAUACUCAGGCUCAGGUUAAUAACACAUCAAACGCAGCAUCAACAACAGCAGAGUGCUGGAAUAAUGCAUUGAAUCGUAACGAUUUGAUUGAUAUCAUUCGAGAGAGUAUGGAGAAGAAUCGACUGUGUUUUCAAUCGAAUAGAAAACCCCAAGCAAAUGUGAGCCCCAUCCGUCAUCGGCAUCGUUCAAAUACGGUAUCGAAAAUGCUCACAAGUUCGAACAACAACACCAACACCAACAAUACUCCUAUCAACAACAACAACACAACCAUCAUUACCGAUCCUCCUACAGCCAUCACGCAUCAUCAGCCUCAGCAACAACCACAACAACAACAGCAACAGCUCGAAGCAAACAACCACAAUCACCAUCAUCUUCAACCGCACAUUCCUAUUUACCAUCAACAAAUGGCCAUUAAUCCAGCCGUUUUAGCUGCCCAAAAUGGCAUCGUUCACAGUAAAAUGAAUUUAUGUGGUUAUGAUUCUUUUUUACAUGCAACAAUAUGCAGUGGUGGAACUAGCCAUUCACCACCACCACCAACAACAACAACUGUCGUCGGACAUUCUCAGCCAGUUGCAACAGUACAACCAAUUAUGACAAGUUCACCAAAAAUCGAUGCCAACAAUCAACAACAACAAAUUAAAACAAGUAAAAUUCUCCGUAAUGGCGGCCAUCAUAGUAGCAGUCAACAAAACUCACCACAAUUUCAUGGUUACCAUCGAUUGCCAUCAGGAAGUCAAAGUGCUGCAAAACUUAACAUUUCACUGUUAAAUUCAAUGAGUCCGAAUUUAUCGAGUCAGGAAAGAUUUCACCAGACCAUCGAGCAUGUAGAAAAAUGGCUGUCAGAACGUGAUCGUAAAUUAUUAAAAAACGCCGCAGCAGGAGUCGAUGAAAAAUGCAAGAAAGAUGUCAAAAACUAUGAUAAUUUAUUGUUUGCCAAACUGACAGAGAAACUUCAACAACAGCAGCAACAACAACAACAAGAAUCUACAAAUGGUGGACGUAACAGUGGAAACAAAGAGAACAUCCGCCGGAUGCACAAUUCACAAAAUCAAAAUCUGAAAAUGCAUCAUCAUCGUCGUAGUCAAUUGUCAGCUAUUGUAGCGCCAUCUACGGCAGCGGCGGCACAACCAACAUCCGGAAGUAGUGCCAGUAGCACGGAGAAGUUACUCAACAACAGCAGCAGCAGUAGCAAGUAUGUGACGUUGAUACCAAUCAAUGGAGAUCCUUUGGAAUGUGAAAAUUUACUUCAUCUCACGUCAGAUGAGGAAUCUACCACGGUGCCACGUACACCAUCUCCACCUCCAUCUCCUCCAAAUGCUGCCAUUAGUGGUAAUGUCAGUGGUGGUCUAGGAGGUGGUGUUGAUGAGGGUCGAAGUACCAGUAGUUCGUCGUCGUUAAUACAUAGAUACGUGCAUGAGCACAUUCACCAUCAUUAUCAUCACUUUGAAGAUAAGGAGGAGUAAUAGAUUGCGUUUGAAAGUUGGAGAAAACUAUUUAUUUUGACAGUUUAGAAAGUUAAGUUUGACAUAGAGAGAGAGUUGGUUGCUGCUACUACUGCUGCUACAUUGUGGUUAGGUUGUUAACUAUUUGUGAAGCAGGUGGAAGUAAUGGUGUGGGUAAUGGAAAUAAACGGGUAUUUGUAUGCUUUUUUUGUAUUUGUGAAUGUGUGAGUGUGCUUAUUGUGAGGUGGUUUAGUGAUUUUUUUGUAAUCAUCGUUUUGUGGUAAAGUUUUUUUGACAUGUGUCAAAUUUUUUCUUCUUUUCUUUUCAUAUUAAUGCAAAGAAGGAUUUUUAUGAUGGAUAUUAGUUAGAAUGUGUGAUGACAGUUACAAGAAUUAUAUUUCCUGUC